AAAAGGAGUAAGAGACAGUGGAUAAAAGCUGUUGUUACAAGCAGGACCAGGCACCAAGGAACAGCACUAUUUGUGACUCCAAAGGAAUGAGGGUACCACAGAUGGGCUCUCUGGGAUUUCUAGAGAGAAGCCACAUUCCCCUGGUGCUGCAGCUGCUGUUCCUCUUUCUCUUUACUGGACUUCUGGUGGCCAUUGUCAUCCAAGUUUCCAAGAUCCCCAACUCAGAAGAAAUUCAAUGGGAACAGAAAAAGCAAGAGAAAAUGUACCAGGACCUGAGCCAACUGAAAUCUGAAGUUGAUAGCCUCUGUCGCCCUUGCCCUUGGGAGUGGACAUUCUUCAAUGGAAACUGUUACUUUUUCUCCAAGUCACAACGUGACUGGCACAACUCCAUCACCGCCUGCCAAGAAAUGGAGGCCCAACUAGUCGUCAUCAAAAGUCAUGAGGAGCAGAGCUUCCUACAGCAGACUUCCAAGAAAAAUGGCUACACCUGGAUGGGGCUGUCAGAUCUGAACAAGGAAGGAGAGUGGUACUGGCUGGAUAGUACGCCUCUGUCAGACAGCCUAGAGAAGAAUUGGAACCAAGGACAGCCCAACAAUAUUGGGGGACAAGACUGUGUGGAAUUCAGAGAUGAUGGCUGGAAUGACGCCUCAUGUGACCAAAAGAAAUUCUGGGUCUGCAAAAAGAAUGCAACUGCCUGUUCUGCCAGCAAGUAAUGACCAGACCUUCUCUACAGCUUGCACAGCCUAAACAUCCCAGUUGGGCAGCAGACUUUUACUCAUCCAUUUCCCAGUUUCUCCUCCCUGUCUAUGGUCAUGGAAAUCUUAGUAUUACCUCUAGGACUCAUCAGUUUCCUUUGUUAAUCACUAUGGUGCUGGACCACUGAUGUCCUUCUUUUGAUGUCUCCAAACUCCUACUGAUAUAGUUGCGGUUUUGCCAUUGAAUUUAACUACAUUGAAGCUGUGUAUCCACUGAUGGGCUGGAUGUGUUCCAUUCAUCUCCCCUGUCUUUCUUGUUGAGGUCAGAGGGCUUACAUCACUAUAAUCAUUAUAAUAUUCAUUAUAUUGGUAAAUUGUCACAUGCUAUUUGAGCUCACAGAGAAGCUGGCUCUGGAAUUAUGGUUGCCAUGUAACACUAAAGCAUGUUUACCUCAAAGUGUCAUUCAAAGACCUUGUCUAGGGUUGAGCAGCCCCUGCCCAACUGUGUAACAGGGAGGGAAGAGAUCAGCAAGACAGCUUAGGAGUUAACACAUUGCAUCCUUGAGAACAGUUAGAAAGUGGACAUUACCAAUAGGUGUUACUAAUGUUUAUCCCAUGGUAUGAAAGUGCCUGCAGUGGAACAGAGAAGCCAGAAAUUUAUCCAUGAGGAGCUCAGCAAUGGAGAGACAGCUCAAUACCAAACUCCAGCCGCCUGCCUCAACUUCUCCAGUCAGUUUCUGCUGACUUCUGUGAGCACUCGGAUUUGAGGAUGUCAUUUCUCUCUGUUGUUAUCUGUAUUUUUACCUAAGGGGUUUUUACUUUACCCUUCUGGAAACCCAAUAGGGAGCUCCAGCUAACUGCCUUAAUGGAGUGUCCUCAGUCAGUUUCUGCUGGGUGUUUGUAAGCCCCCGACUCAUACAAUUAUCUUCCCACUGCUAUUUGUACUUUUACUUGAAAGCCUCACUCAGGUGACACUCCUCUUCCCAGGACUCCUUGUGUUGGGAACUCUAGCUGGCUGCCUUAAAGGGGCUUCUCUCUUUAAUUUCUGCCUGACACAUUGAGCACUCAACUUGACGAUGUUUGGUAUUGGCUUGCUAUAUACUUAAUAAACUCAUUCAAAACUGA